GUCACGAAUGUCAUAUUAUCAAUCACCAUUUGGUGGGAACACUGCGGGAGGCCCAGGCACGUCGGUGCCGGUCCAGUCCUCUCCCUUCCAAGGAGGAGCACCUCAGAUGGCCCCUCCACCGCCACCUCAGGCAGGGCACCAGCAGCCUAAUGGUCCUUACGGCAGCCCACCACCGAUGCCCGGUGGUCAGCAUUCGAUGCCGGCCCCUACGGGCCACCAGCCCAACGUCGGCCCACCGCGGGUACCAGGCCAACACAUAGCAGGUCCGCCGCCCCCCUAUGCAUCAACACCGACCAACGCUGUUCCGGGACAGAUUUUCAAGUACGUUGCUCCUGGUCCUGCGUAUAACCAGUCACCAGCGAUGGUCCAGAGUCCUAUGGCACCGGGGGGAGGGCAGAUAUUGGAGACUGCCGAGUGCGAUCCUGAGCUCAACGCUGGCCCUGAGUUCCUCAGAAGUAGUUUCAGUGUAAUGCCUGCCAGUGAAUCCACCCAAAUAAAGGCUAAGCUGCCUAUAGGUUUUUUCUGCCAGCCUUUGGCCCACACUGACAGGCAGGUUCCCGUAGCUGAUGUGAUCCAUCGAUGUGCGCGGUGUCGGACGUACCUCAAUCCUUUUGCGGCAUUAAACUUGCAGUUGCGGAGGUGGAUUUGUAAUCUCUGUGGUCACUCCAACGGCAUAGACGUUUAUGAGCCUCCACCGGAGAUGACCUCUGGUACAGUUGACUUUAUCGCUACUCAGGACUAUAUGGUUCGACCCCCGGUGCCUCCAGUUUAUGUUUUUUGUUUCGAGAGGAGCUACACAGCAGUAUCCACGGGGUUGGUCCGUGUGGCCGCUACUGCGAUAAAGGAUACUCUUCCAAGCCUUCCUGAGCGGUCACAGAUUGCCCUUAUGACAUUCGAUGACAAGAAUGUGAGCAUAUUUGAUUUGAAGAGUGCUAAUGGUACGGAAUAUGUGAUUACCGAUGUGGACGAGCCCUUCCUGCCCAAGCCGAUGGACAGCCUUCUAGUGAACCUCUGCGACGAUGCUGUUAAGGCCACGGUCAACAGCGUCCUUGACGGCCUCGCUGAGAUGAACCCACCGUCGGUAGCGACAGACUGUUGCUGCGUUACGGCUGCAGUGAAAAUGGCCAACUUGGUCAUGCGCCACUUCGGUGGUAAACUUAGUGUACUCUCGUGUACGAAGCCUAUCGAGCUUACGCCCAGCAAACUGAAAAAGGAGGAACGGGCUCUUGAUGCCACGAGUAUGAUACCGCCGUCGUCGUCAGUUUUCAAGGACAUGACUUCGGACCUUGUAGCCGUGCAGAUUACGGUGGAACUCUUCGUUGCAACGGACAAUUUACAUAUGGAUCUCGCCUCACUAGCCCCUCUUGCUAAGUACACAGGAGGCGAUAUGCGGUAUUAUCCGCUGUUCCGGGAAGCGUUCCGCGGCGAACAUCUGCGGCAGGAUAUUCAGCAUAUGCUCACUCGCGAGACGGGCUUCGAGGCUGUGAUGAAGUUCAGAGUGUCCCCUGGGUAUCAGCUCAAGAGCUACCAUGGGCAUCUCUUCCAACGUACGCGAGAUUUACUAGUGGCGCCCAACUGUACGGAAGACGAGACCUUUGGCUGCAUUGUUGGAGUUAAUAAGGACGCAGCUUUGCUAUACACUUCCUCUGCUGGCGAACGCCGUAUUCGGGUGAAUACGUCGCAAUACCCGAAGUCCUUGGAUGUUGAACAAGUGAUGGCCUCAUGUGAUGCCCAGGCGGCUGCUAUCGUCAUGGGCAAAUACGCUAUAAAUGAAUCGAGGAAUGUUAGUGAUGCCAGGAAAUACCUCUUGGACACGACACAGGCGGCCUUGGCUGGUCCUAAUGCCCGCCUAGAGAAUUUAAGCGCACUCCCUGGGUUGGUCCUAGGCCUGCUGAAGAGCGAUGUGUUCAGUGCUGCUGGUGACAUCACUCGUGAUGCUAGAGCUUACGAGGCCCACAGGUUUGAGUCCCUUCCCAUCACUUUGGGAGACGCAUUAGCUGACCCUAGGAUGUUUGCAGUCCAUAAUCUAGCGGGCACGCGUGCAGGGUAUCCCGUUGAAGGGGAUGACAGCGAUAGAGUUGAGAUGCCAGAAGAGAUUCAUCCGCUCUCAGCCCAGUCCAUGAGUUCUGAUGGAGCCUUUGUGAUUGACGACGGAGAGAACAUCUUGUUAUGGUUGGGCCAAAGCGUGUCGGGUCAAUUUUUGAAUGGUGUGUUCGGCGUGGGGUCUCUGGUAGAGAUCGUUACAGAUUUGGGUUCUGGUGCAAUAGUCAGCACUGGGGAUGACAACUCCCUCCGACUGGUGAAUAUUAUAGAGGAAAUCAGACGGGAGCGCCGCCACUAUAUGCCGUUGGUUAUACUACCUCAAGGCCACCCACAGGAGAACAGGUUUUUCGAGAGGCUUGUGGCGGACCGAACAGCGGGCACUCAAAUUUCCUAUGAGGAGUUUAUGCAAAGGCUAGGGCUCCGAGGGCAGACAGUACCAGUAGCUACGGCAGCUGGAAUGGCAGCCUUCCCCCAGCAGCACAUGAACGGUCCCUCGGUGAUGCCUGGUCAAGCAUCGGGUAGGAGGACGCCGAUUGCUGCCCCUAUGGGGCCUCCUGCUCUAGCUGAGGGGAAGAUGCAGGGCGGACCACCUCCUCCUUCUCCUCCACCCAUGAUGGCUGCGAUGCCAGGGGGCUAUCAGCAGCAGACACAUCCUAUGGGCAGCACAUACUCGUACUCGUCGGGCCCUAACCAGUCCUAUCGGCGAUAGGAUAGCGUCUUGAAGGCCACCGAUGAUCAUUAGUUUGUAGUUGUUGUACAUAAGGCCCAAAAAAUACUUGUUACUCCUUCCUGUCCUUCCCCCUUUCAAAUAAUGUACCAGUGCCGUCGGAGGUGA